AUGCAAAGAAGAAUGAGACUUGUCAAGACUGACGACAGUUCAAUCGGGACGCACCAUGCAGAAUGCACGAGACUCGUCGCGACUAGCAACAUGUUGAUUGACACUGUUGACAUGUUAAUCGAGACGCACCAUGCAGAACGGUCCAGACUUGUCACGAAACACGUUGUAGAACUGUCGAGACUCACCAAAACAAACAACGAGUUGGUCAAGACAAACGACGCCUUGAUUGGGACUAAAAAGGAGUUGAUCAAAACGCACCAUAUUGAACGGAUGAAACUGAUCGAAACCAAAAAGAAGUUGAUCGACAAUGUUAGCAGGAAACUGGACGGAUUGCAAGAUGCGCACGUCCAGGCGUUCGACAGGCUUUAUAACCUACAAAAGCGAAUGAUGACACAUCCGAGGCCUGUGAGCAAGGAACACGGCAUUGCGCUCAUGUUCGAGGAAAAAGAGUGCGGAGUGUACGAGGUUCGUUACAUUGUCGGUCAGCGAACAUAUGUAUCGACGACCGUUGCGAAGGCGUGUCAAGAGGGCGUGCGAGAGUUGCUGCCAUUUCAGCUUGUCGGCAACGGCAUUGCUUUGAGAAAUGCCUUUGUUGGCGAGGCCAACAUGCGUUUGAUGAUCGCCCUUGGCGGACGAGGGCAAGCAGCAGCUACCGGUAUUAAGUUCCGGAACUGCAGAUCGAAAGUUGUACUAGGCGUUAGCGACUUUAACCUUGGAACGUUUCAGGCCAUCAUCCAGGACCUGCUAGCCGAAUACGAUGUCAACGAUCUUAUGAAUGAUACACGUUACAUAGAGAUAAAGCAAGACUUGCGCAACGCUAGAAAUGUGUUACCUUAG